CUCGGCUGCCAUCUUGUGUGUGGCUGUGGGGAUCGCUCUGUGGUGGUUGCAAGCAAGCUCGCUUUAAAGCAACUAGACUGUGUUAAUUAUCAGUAAAGGUUGAGAAAGUUGAAACACAGUUCCACAUGAAUUACAACUUUUAAGCAUUCCAUAUUGGAAGAAGAAAUCUCUAUAGAUGAAGAAAAUGCCUUUGUUUAGUAAAUCACAACACAAAAAUUCCAGCAGGAAAUUGUGAAAACUUCUGAAAGAUAAUAUGCCAUUUUGGAAAAACAAGACAAAAAGACAGACAAGGCUUCAGAAGAAGUGUCAAAAUCACUGCAAGCAAUGAAAGAAAUUCUUUGUGGUACGAAUGAAAAGGAACCCCCAACAGAAGUGGUAGCUCAGCUGGCACAAGAGCUCUACAAUAGCGGCCUCCUCGUGACCCUCAUAGCUGACCUCCAGCUGAUAGACUUUGAGGGGAAAAAAGAUGUGACACAGAUAUUUAACAACAUCCUGAGAAGACAGAUUGGCACUCGGAGUCCUACUGUGGAGUACAUUAGUGCUCAUCCUCAUAUUCUCUUUAUGCUCCUCAAAGGAUAUGAAGCCCCACAGAUUGCCUUACGUUGUGGGAUUAUGCUGAGAGAAUGUAUUCGACAUGAGCCACUUGCCAAAAUCAUCCUCUUUUCUAAUCAGUUCAGAGAUUUCUUUAAGUACGUGGAGUUGUUAACAUUUGAUAUUGCUUCAGAUGCCUUUGCUACUUUCAAGGACUUAUUAACCAGACACAAAGUGUUGGUAGCAGACUUCUUAGAACAAAAUUAUGACACUAUUUUUGAAGACUAUGAGAAAUUGCUUCAAUCCGAGAAUUAUGUGACUAAGAGACAAUCUUUAAAGCUGCUUGGGGAACUGAUCCUGGACCGCCAUAACUUUGCCAUAAUGACAAAGUACAUCAGCAAACCAGAGAACCUCAAGCUGAUGAUGAACCUCCUUCGAGACAAAAGUCCUAACAUUCAGUUUGAAGCCUUCCAUGUCUUUAAGGUGUUUGUGGCCAGUCCUCACAAAACACAGCCUAUUGUGGAGAUUCUGCUGAAAAACCAACCCAAGCUCAUUGAGUUUCUGAGCAGCUUCCAGAAAGAUAGGACGGAUGAUGAGCAGUUCACUGAUGAGAAGAACUACUUGAUCAAGCAGAUUCGAGACUUGAAGAAAACAGCUCCUUGAAGAUCUCACCUAGUUUCUUGCUAGUCACCAUCUCAUUUGUUGUUUGUGCAAAAAGUGUCAUUUCAAAAAGUAAUUGUUGGGGGAAAGCUUUGGAGGUGCCUAUUUUUCACUCCAUUCAUUGUUUGUGGUAGAUGAAAUAUAAAAACAUUUGAAUGAAAACAAAUUAACCUAGAAUAAUAUAUUCAUUUUAAUUAAGUCUGUGAUUAUGUGAAAUCAGAACAAGUGUAUUAAACAUUGAUGAAAACAGUUUUAAUCCUUUACUGACUAGGUGCCAAGGCUGUGAACUUGUACACCUAAGCUCAAGGUCACCGGGAACCAUCUAGAAGCCCAGAUGAGGGUGUCACUGAGCCCUCAAAGAGGAAGUGGACCUCAGAGGAGAACCGGGCAAACAAGGGGAUAAGUGCAAAAUCGAUGUUUGUUUGCACUUAGAUAUAUUUAAGGCUCCAGUUUUCAGUCAUGUUCUUGUCUCCUGCCCAUCUCUUUGGGCUGUAACUGAUUUCCUAGGAAAUCAACACCCACCUUCUUGCCUAGCCCUUUUGUAUUAAUCUCUUUCCCACAUUUUAUUCCAGUGGAUCUUCUCAGCUUGUUUUAACUCCAAUGCACACACAUACACACCCCCACAUCAAUCUGCAGCCAAGUUACCCUGGAAUCAACUAAGUAGGAUGAAUGAACAAGGUCAUAAUCAGACUUUGGGGAAAUAACCCAUUCACUUCAGAACCUGGGACCUGGUUAUAAAGCACAUCACUGCUACUUCACACUAAGUGCUAGUGUUUGGAGUAUUGUCAUGACAUAGUGGUGUUCUUGUGCUCAAAUUGUGCUUUAGAGUAGGAAUUAUUGCAUCAGGAUGCCCAGCAUGAAUGAAAUUGGGUGUCUUAAGAUGGUGUAGGUCUUUAGACCACUUUAAUAAAUAAGAGAGCAUUGCCAUUGGAAUAGCAAGUGAUGAGAAAACAUUCUCAAAUGAGGGGUUUUUUUUCCUUCAAUUUAUUUCCUAACUACUGGCCACUCCAAUUUUCCAUGAAGAGAGCCUUAGUGAAAAGUUAAAAAAAUCUAUCAAAUUUUGAUCCCAAGUAUUCUCUUGCAUACUAGAACAAUUAAAGAUUCAUAAAAAAAAAAUAGACCAAAAAAUGAGUUAUUUUUUUAAACAACAUUAAAAACAAAUGUUUUCAGACUGUGUUAAAUGGAAUUCUAAUUUUAGAUUUACACGGCAUUCAAGGGGAUUACUAAUGGGCUUUUUUUUUUCCAUGAUUCUUUUUCAAUCAUUUGUUACCUUUUAUGAGACUUCUCCCUUCUCUUUAGUUUCCUAUGCAGUGUUCUUCCGAUGCCCCCUUGGGGACCUACCCGGGACGUCUGGAUUAGGCACCAAAAGCAUCACCUGGUUUCACUCUUAGCCAGACUAAGGCUCUGCAUCCUCCACCCUGUCUGUCUCCUUGAGCAGUUUGGCCACAGCGAGCCAGGAGUCGAUAGCAACUCAUUUGUGACCUUCAUUCUUUACUCAAUAAAGUCAGAUUAUUUUUAUAACAUUCCUUUACAGUUCAAGGCUCUUAAAAAAUGGACCUUUCUGGUUUUUCUGCUUUACUUAGAGAGGAGAGGAAAUACAGUUUAAAAAAGAAGAUGCAGUGACCACCAACAAUUUUCCCCAGUACUAUUCAAAUACACUUUUUUCAUGAUCAAGCAAGCCCCCCAUAGUUUUUAAAUUAUAAAACGGUAGAAACAUCUGCUUCCUGGGGCUUGAUUUGGUCAUCCUUUAUCCUAGUUUUGUACCUGUCAACCAAAAAGUUGAGUCUGCAAGGCAGAGGAGGUAGCUGAGGUUUUGUUGUGAUACUGAUUUGUUGAUUGUUAAUGUGGGAAGUAGGGCAAGAAGCUUGCUGUCCAUAUAUGUUUGCACAAAAUUUGCUGUAAAUAUUGUGAGUUGAAUUUUUAAUAGGUCCUAUUUAAUAUGCUAUUUCAAAAGCACACAUUUAAAUAAAGACGGACGAAAUAAAAAGGUGCCACAUA